UGUCAUCAACAGCUGGGCUGGCCUAUGGGCUGGCCCUUCCCCCUUGCGAAGUUUGUGAUUUGUUUUGUUAAAAAAUUCGUUCAAUUUUUUGAAAAUAAACUAUUUAAAAUAAUAGUGCUUAGAUGAAUCAAUUUAUCAGUGGUUAUGUUUUUGAGCGGGAACGGGAAUUCGUGAUUGGUGAAAUGAUUGAUCCUGGUUUAUCAUUAACCCCACUUUCACGAUGACUGAUAAUUGUUUCGUGGACAUUGCGAUUGAAUUUCUAGCCGUUGCCUUCCAUAACAUUCUGUAUUACGUCUCUGUCUACCCGAAAAGUGUCUUCGAAAUGAGAAAAAAGUACAGCAUCGUAGUUUACCGGUGCAUUCAUCCUGAAGUCAACCAAUAUAUCGACCUGUGUCUCAAAAAUAUUGCAGAAUGUUUGAAGAGCGAGCAACUGAGACGCGCGGAGUUUUCGGUUACAGAUGUAAACUACAAACCUGUGAUCAAUUUUGUUUUUGAUUUUGAGAAACAAAAACAGUCAGAUGAGAAUUCCGACGCCUAUUUGAUUCAAGCUGAGCAAAAUCUUCGAGCCUUUUGCUUGAAUUUGGUCAGCAAUAGUGAGAAGUUCUUUGUUCCCGACGACUGUAGCUUCUCAAUAUUUAUACAUACAAAUGAAUCUAACGUUGUUGCAUUGGCAAAUAACCCUGAAUUGGAGGAUUUUCCUUUUGUUGAAGUGGAGGGGGCAGCAGACGAGAUAAAUAAUAUUAUUCCAUUAAGGAGAUUUAAUUUAAGAUGUUACAAUAUAGAUACCUAUGUAGAAAUAAAAUAAGGAUUCAUACUUUACUGUAACUAAACUUUAUACAACAACUG